CAAGCUGUCUUAUUGUAUACAAACUGAUUUGAUUGCUUUGCUUCUGAAAAAUAGCCAGUUUAAGCAUUUCUGCGUUAUAAUUGGUUUAUUUUGAGCUCGGAUUUCAUUCGAAUAAAUAAAACCGGAAAAGUGAGAUGGCGUUUGUAAGCAACAACCUUGACCAAUGCAGCUUUUGCUCCAAUAUAUGCAAUGAGGAAUUCCAUCAUUUACUGGUCCCCUCUCAACAAAAGCAGAAGCUCAAAACUAUCCUGCAGAAGUUGAAUAGUUUCACUUCCCAGUUGAGCAGUUAUCCUACAUGCGAGAAAUGUCGCCAAGAAUUCAUAACCGCCUACAACAUUCCUGAGAGCUGCUUCCAAAUUUUGCCCAGCGCCAAAUCGACUGAUAACAUCAAGAUGGAUCCUGAGUUAAUGAUUAAUGACCACGAGCUGCCAGAUAAUGAUGACAUUUUUGAGAGCGAUUCAACAGUGAAUAUCGACCCAAUUGAAAAGGAAGCCGAAAUACAAAUUGAGGGAGAAAACGGAGAAGUAUUCUUCAUCAACGAAAUGGCUGAAGAAGACGACAAUGCAUCAAUGAUUCCGGUGGCUAGAACAAAUAUACAAAGAAAAAGUGAUGCUUCACAGAAGGAAGUUCACACACCUUCAGUCCGUUAUAAACGAAAACCGUUUAAAUGUGAUAUGUGUAAAAAAACAUUCACCUCAAAAUACGGUGUCAGAGUGCACAUGCGAAUUCAUACGGGUGAACGACCCUAUUCGUGUCCACAUUGUCAGAACACAUUUGCGGAUUCUUCAACGCUCCUGAGACACAUUCGAACUCAUACGGGUGAACGUCCCUAUCCUUGUCCACAUUGUCCUAAAUCGUUCAAGCAAGCUUCCUCGCGUCGAGGACACAUUCGAAUUCAUACGGGUGAACGUCCCUAUUCUUGUCAAUAUUGCCAGAAUAAAUUUAAGGAUCGCUCGUCGUUCGUAGGGCACAUGCGAAAAACUCAUCCGGGUUUGUUGGAAAUGAAUGAACAACGGAGAGAUAAUAUUUUAGAUGAUUCCCAGGAGGAUGAUCACAUAUUGCUAGAAACGGGAGAAAAACCAUUGAAAUGCGAAAUGUGUGAAAAAACGUUUAGCUCAAAACUCGGACUCAAAGUGCAUGUUCGAGCUCAUACGGGGGAACGUCCCUAUUCCUGUCCACAUUGCCAGAAACCAUUCAAGGAUCGCUCGACGCUCGUUGUGCACAUUCGGAAUCAUACGGGCGAACGUCCCUACCCCUGUCCACAUUGUCCAAAGGCGUUCAAGCGACCCACAGCGCUCAAGAACCACAUUCGAACUCAUACGGGAGAACGCCCCUAUUUUUGUCAACAUUGUCCGAAAAUGUUUACGCUGCGUACGUCGGUCAAACUGCAUAUGCGAACAAUUCAUGCGGAUUUGUUGGAAACUAAUAAACGGAGGGAUAGUAAUUCAGAUGAUUCGCCGAAGGAAGAUCACAUACGGUUACAAACGGGAGGAAAUCCGUUGAAAUGCGAAUAGUGUGAAAAAGUAGGAUCGCCCAUGUCUAGAGGCACGGACAGGAACAUCACGUAGGACUGUAUUGGGAACAGUUGCUUUUGAAUUAAUUUAACUAUUCAAAAAUCUGUUAAUUCAACACUAUGUCAUCCGGCGACUUCACAGUGGUGUCGUGAGCAUACCCAGUAAACAUUAAAUCGUAGUUUGAAUUAAUGUAAUAUGUACUGUGAAAAAUCGUAUCACAUGCUGUGGGAAAUUGUUCAACAGUAAAUCGUAUUUGAUCGUAAUUGAGGACAUAUAGUAUCAUAUUAGGAAUUUCACACAUCAAGAUCUGCAAUGACUUAUGUACAGUGUCGUUGUUUGGGGGAGGCAAAUUACUUCAUUACUUCAUGUUAUUUGAUUACUUAAAAGACGUAGAACUCAACCGCACUUUACUAUUCCUAUAUAAAUUCCAUGAUAUUUCCACCAAAUCACAAUUGGCAACCAGGAAUGAAGCAUCCGAUUGCAUCUUUCGUAUCAUAUGUACGAGUUUUCAAUGCUCUGGGAGCAAUUUUCUUAACGAUCACCACCACUAAUUUAAACAUUUGUAUUUCCCUCCAACUAAAAGUUAAUUUUAUAAUUCUUAUUUCUACAUAUAAAUGUUCUUAUAUGUACGAAUGGCGAAUGGCGAUUCGUGAGGUUGUAAAAAUAAUCAUAACUUCACGAACAUUUUUCGCUAGUUGUUUUUCGUCUAUGCCUGGAAUGAAUCGUAUCAACGUAUGACAAGAGUCGUACUAGAUGCUUGUAUAAGGGUGCUCAUACACUGUUUGGCCGAAGCCAAAUAUUCGAUUCUUUUCGACAGAUAAAAUUUGAUCAACGUGUACUCAUCAAAUAUGUUCGACACAAAACAUGACAAGCGAAUAUUCAGUUAUUGGAUGCCUUGAAUAUUUUUUCGGUCUGUUCGUCAAACCUGUCGGUACAUUGUUAGGUUACCUUAAAUAUUUCAGUCGAAUUUGUUCCAUGUUCGAUGGCUGACAUUGUUUGCCACUGUUGAUAAUCGAAGAGUGGGGAUAUAUUAUAAUGUAUAUACGAUGCUUAUACGAUUUAAUGUUUGCUGGGUAGUAUACCCAGCAAACAUUAAAUCGCAUAACAAGCGUAUAUAUAAUAUCAUAUGACCGGCUAUAAUAGCGAUUAUGUUGAAAUUGAAUUGCGAUCUAAUAUGAAUAUAUUCAUGAAUUGUCAAAGCACCAAAUACGACUUUUGCCAUACUCAUAUAUGAUUUAUUACAGACAUAGAAAAAAGACAAAUGGCGCAAUAUAUUUUCGUUAAAUGUUUGUUAUAGCCGCACGAAUCGCCAUUUUUAUAUAUGAGUAUUUAUGUUUGUAGAAAUAAUAAUUGUUUUAUUGACUUGUGUUGGGAGUGGAAUAUGAAUGUUUAAAAUGGCACAGAUUGAUGUUUGGUGAAAACUGCUCCGAUGUGGGUUCGAACUCCGGUUGUCUGGAUUAUCAUCCACCAGCUAUCUCGCGCGGCUAUCUGAAAUUUAAUUCAACAGCGGUUAAAACUUCCGAGUGCAUCAUUGACAUUUCAAUAUGAUGUAAUAUGUUCUUUAUUAGGAUCUAAUAUGAUUUACUGUUUCAUGAUUUUCUUCAACAUGCAACACGAUUUAUUACAGUACUGAAUCGAUUUAAAUUCUACGACACACAAACUGCAUCAGUGUAAUAUACGCAUAUGAUGCGGAUUGAAUAUAUUUUACGACAAUGUACAUCAUAAAAUUGAUGAUUAUUAUACCGGAUUGCGACUUAAUUUGAUAAUGGUAUAGAAAAUCGAGUUUUUACAUUUUAUGCGAUUUCAAAUAUACACGAUACAUACUUUGAUUGAUAUUAUAUGCGAUUAUGAUUUAUUCGGAUUUCUUGUAAGACUUGGCGCGUGCAAAAUUAUACGAUUUAAUGUUUGCUGGGUAGCCCAAUGGCCGGAGACAGCACUUCAACAAAUUUUGUAUUUAUUUAUGUAUAUAUAUCUUCUAAAUUUCAUGAAAGUAAUGGAACAGGGUUGAGAUCUUAUGAGAACUAAAGAUUGAAUUAGUUUGUUA